AUGGCUCUGCUGACAUCUCUCCGAAUCCGGCCUGGCCUGGGGGCCCUCGGGGCCAGAGCUAGCUCAUGGUGGUCACAUGUGGAGAUGGGCCCCCCCGAUCCCAUCCUGGGGGUGACCGAAGCUUUCAAGAGGGACACCAACUCCAAGAAGAUGAAUUUGGGAGUCGGAGCGUACCGAGAUGACGCCGGCAAGCCCUUCGUCCUGAGUAGUGUGCGGAAGGCGGAGGCUCAGCUGGCAGCCAAACAUAUGGACAAAGAGUACCUGGCUAUUGGAGGACUAGCUGACUUUGCUCGGGCAUCGGCUGAGCUGGCACUUGGGGACAAGUCGGAGGUGGUUCAGUGUGGCCGGUAUAUCACAGUACAGACCAUCUCUGGGACUGGAUCUUUGCGGGUUGGAGCCAACUUCCUGCAUAGAUUCUACAAGUUCAGCCGUGAUGUGUAUCUGCCCAAACCGUCCUGGGGUAACCACACUCCCAUCUUCCGGGAUGCUGGGCUGGAGGUCAAAGGUUAUUGCUAUUAUGAUCCUAAGACCUGUGGGUUUGACUUUGCUGGUGCUCUGGCCGAUAUCUCGAAAAUCCCAGAACAGAGCAUUAUACUGUUCCACGCCUGUGCUCACAACCCCACCGGAGUGGACCCCCGCAAGGAGCAAUGGAAGGAGCUUGCUGCUGCUGUAAAGAGCCGCCGCCUCUUCCCAUUCUUCGAUAUGGCUUACCAGGGCUUUGCCAGUGGAGACAUAGACAGGGACGCUUGGGCUGUGCGUCAUUUCAUCCAGGAGGGUCUCAAUGUGGCCCUGUCCCAGUCAUAUGCCAAAAACAUGGGGCUUUACGGUGAACGUGUUGGUGCUUUCACUGUGGUAUGCAGUGAUGCUGAUGAAGCGAAAAGGGUGGAGUCACAGCUGAAGAUCCUGAUUCGUCCCAUGUACUCUAAUCCUCCUCUGAAUGGGGCAAGAAUAGCGGCAGCGAUCUUGAAUCAGCCUGAGCUGCGCAGCGAGUGGCUGCAGGAGGUAAAGGGGAUGGCCAAUCGUAUCAUCAGUAUGCGGGAACAACUAGUAUCUAACCUGAAGAAGGAAGGCUCCAUCCACAGCUGGCAGCACAUCAGUGAUCAGAUCGGCAUGUUCUGCUUCACCGGUCUGAAACCAGAGCAGGUGGAGCGUCUGAUCAAAGAAUUCUCCAUCUACAUGACAAAGGAUGGCCGCAUCUCUGUAGCCGGUGUCACUUCAGGAAAUGUCGGCUAUUUGGCACAUGCCAUCCACCAGGUCACCAAAUAG